AUGACGGCCUGUUCAGUCGCGCCUUCGCUUCCAUUCGAGGUCUUCCUCAACGUAGUCGACAUUCUCAUUCUCGAAGCCGAAGUCGCCGCGGAGCCGAUGGAUCUCUGCUUCUACCUGUCGUCGCGUUCUGAACCCGAGUCGCAACUUGACGUACAAGUCACCGAUUUGUUCUCAAAUCCGAGAUGGACACUACGGAAUAGAAAGAGAAGAUUUCAACAACUACGUCUUGCUCUGCAGGUGAACAGCAAGACUCGCGGCAUGGCCCUGCGCAAGUUUCCGCGCAUCACGCUUUGGGAUUCAUACAGCAAGAAGGCAUCUCCGUUAUGGGUGCAUCCGAAAACGGAUCUUUUCAAUCCGAUAUUAUGCACCAUGCCGAGCGAUUGCAUUCAAUUCAGACAGGCUCUACAGUACCCAUUAGCUCAGGACCGGGUCUUGGUCCAAUCCCUCGUCAACAUUCAAGGCUUUCCACGAGACUUUCUAAUGGAAGAAUACGAAGCCGACGUCGAUUCAAUAUUGGCACUCCCCAACAUCAAAGAGAUAACGUUGAACUCCGAAGUUGUCAUCACAAGUGCGAGCUAUCGGUAUCCCGAAAUUGAUCAUCCCCAUCCCAGUGAUGAGCUCAUACCACUGAGCGGGUACUUCUUCCCGACAAUAGGGAGAUGGACUGGUUGGCAUCGCCAGGCGCUGGAAUACUUCUGUUGGCGAGCGGAAGAGAGGGGCAUCAAAGUGUUUGUGGGUAUGGGAGGGAGCGCGGAGAGGAGGAAGCUGGAAUUGGUACCUACUGCGGAUGGAUUGCGAAGCAGACUCAUCAAUCCUAUUUGCACAUGCGACAUAUGA